CUAUGGCUCUUUUAUGUCAUUAUAAGCAAGAUCUGGCCCAGUAUGCUUACGUAAAAUUAAUCAAAAUUUGAGGGGCAAAUGGCCGCUGAAGUCUAAAACCCUAGACAAGAGCAUAACCAAAGCAAGAACCUCACCUUUGUUGCAGCCUUGAAUCCUCAAUCUACUUCUCCUCCUCCUCUCGACAAAUCAGGAAACCAAAAAAAUGAGACCUUUAGACGAGAAAGAAAUGGGUGAAGUCUUCAAGAAACUGAUGUUGUUCACAGGAAACAACCUCAAAAACAUCAUUGAAAACCCCUCACAUGAAGGGCCAGACCCGAACCCAGGUCGGUACUGCUUCAGGCUCCUCAAAAACAAGGUAUUUUACAUCAGUGAAUCUCUAGUGAGGCGAGCAACAAACAUUGGACGCAAAAAUUUGGUAUCUUUAGGUACUUGUAUUGGGAAAUUCACUCACGGGGGUGGUUUUAGAUUGACUGUUCAGUCACUGAAUUUGUUGGCUGCUAAUGCUAAACAUAAAGUUUGGUUAAAACCCACUUCAGAGAUGUCUUUUCUGUAUGGGAAUCAUGUGUUGAAAGGUGGGCUAGGGAAGAUUACUGAUAGUAUUAAUAGAAAUGAUGGGGUUGUUGUGUUUUCUAUGAGUGAUGUGCCUUUGGGGUUUGGAACUGCUGCAAGGUCGACACAGGAGUGUAGAAAGUGUGAUCCUAAUGGGAUUGUUGUGCAUCACUAUGCUGAUAUUGGCGAGUAUUUGAGAGACGAAGAUGAUCUUUGAGAAUGAUCCUGGAGCUUUCUGGGAUUAUGGUUGCUGUUUCUGCCGCUGCAGCUGCUACU